GAGAGAGAGAGAGAGAGAGAGAGAGAGAGAUUUAAUCAUUUCCAUCUAUACUUGGUUUUUGCAUAUAACAAGGAAGUUGAGGGUAAAAUUUCAAAGAAAAAGGUUGUUGAUGCAUGCUUGUCGGCUAGACUUGAUUAAACAUAAUAACCCAUGUAUAUAUUGUGAACUGAUAUGUUAAUCAGAUAAUUCAAUUUGUGAUUAGUCCAGACUGAUAUUUCUUUCUUUGAUGAUGGUAAUGUUGGUGAUAAUGUAGACUCUUCAGACGACUAUAAUAAAAAGUAACUUGAAUCCAGUCUGGAAUGAGGAACUCAUGCUGUCUGUUCCUCAGCAAUAUGGAGCUUUACAGUUGCAGGUGUUUGAUCAUGACACAUUCUCGGCUGAUGACAUAAUGGGAGAAGCAGAGGUUGAUCUUCAGCCCUUGAUAACAUCUGCAAUGGCAUUUGGGGAUGCAGGAAUGUUUGGGAACAUGCAAAUUGGAAAAUGGCUGAAGUCAAAUGACAAUGCCCUCAUAGACGAUAGCACCGUUAACAUUGUUGAUGGGAAGGUAAAACAGGAGGUGUCACUCAAGCUCCAGAAUGUGGAAUGUGGAGAAAUAGAUUUAGAACUAGAGUGGAUGCCUCUUGAUCAAUAGGUAAAUAAUUUAUUUAUUCUUCCCAUUUUAUUUUUAAUAAGAAUCUGUAAUUUUUGGUUGAGUUACUUGUAUGGAAUGGCACCAUACACUUGUCUCCAUUCUUUUGUAUUUGUUUAUAGAAAUUCCAGUUUUCUCUCUUAUUUGUGAAUCGUUUGACAAAAACCAGAGCAUGAGCGCCUAUUCACAUUGGUC